GAAUAAGACAGUACCAAAAAUCCCUCUAAAGUCUACAACUUUACAAGCCCAUUUGGAAAGUGGAAACUCUUUUAUCCCUUUUCUCUCCAAAAAAAAAGCAGUAUGAAACGAAAACGGGGUCAUCAUAAACCCCAAAACCCAAGCACAGCAACAUCACCAAACGACAUCGUUCCAAUCCCAACCACCGAACCCGGUACCACCGACCCAAACAACCCCUCAUCCUCCCCCACCAGAGGACGCGGCGGUGGGGCCCGUCCACGCAAGAACCCGCGCCCAAACAUAGCGGCUUCACCCGAACGCCGCGGCUCAAGGCACGCUGACCAAAACGGCGACUUCACCCACUCUACGACGACCAAUACAGCAGCAACAGCGAUAGCUGCUACGACGUCGGACGCGGUUGGCGUUUCGGAGCCGGUGAAGUGGGAGACGGUGGUCAAGGUGGUGCCUUCGAUGGACGCGGUGGUGAAGGUGUUUUGCGUUCACACGGAGCCGAAUUUCUCGCUGAUGUGGCAGAGGAAGAGGCAGUACAGCUCGAGUAGCAGUGGGUUUAUCAUCGGAGGAAGGAGGGUCUUGACCAAUGCGCAUUCUGUGGAGCACCAUACCCAGGUGAAGUUGAAGAAGCGGGGUUCGGAUACUAAGUACUUGGCUACUGUGUUGGCUAUUGGGACUGAAUGUGAUAUUGCGUUGUUGACAGUGAGUGAUGAUGAGUUUUGGGAAGGAGUUUCACCUGUGGAGUUUGGAGAUCUGCCUGCACUCCAAGAUGCUGUAACUGUAGUGGGCUACCCAAUUGGGGGUGACACAAUCUCUGUGACUAGUGGUGUAGUGUCACGCAUUGAGAUACUUUCUUAUGUUCAUGGAUCAACAGAACUUCUCGGACUCCAGAUAGAUGCUGCAAUAAACUCUGGAAAUUCUGGUGGGCCAGCUUUUAAUGAUAAGGGAAAGUGUGUGGGUAUUGCAUUUCAGUCUCUUAAGCAUGAAGAUGUGGAGAACAUUGGUUAUGUCAUACCAACACCAGUUAUUGAGCACUUCAUUAAAGAUUAUGAGAAGAAUGGGGCAUAUACAGGGUUCCCAAUUCUUGGAGUUGAGUGGCAGAAGAUGGAAAAUCCUGAUCUACGCAUAGCAAUGGGGAUGGAAUCUGAUCAGAAGGGUGUCCGUAUCAGAAGAAUUGAACCUACAGCUCCUGAAUCUCAGGUUCUGAAGCCAUCUGAUGUUAUCCUUAGCUUUGAUGGGAUUAAUAUUGCUAAUGACGGAACAGUUCCAUUUAGGCAAGGAGAGCGCAUUGGUUUUAGUUAUCUUGUAUCUCAGAAAUACACUGGGGAUUAUGCCUUGGUAAAAGUUCUCCGUGAUUCCAAGGUACUUGAAUUCAACAUAAAGCUCGCUACUCACAAGCGGCUCAUCCCAGCACACAUCAGGGGCAGACCUCCUUCUUAUUACAUUAUUGCUGGAUUUGUUUUCACCUCUGUAUCUGUUCCAUAUCUGCGUUCUGAGUAUGGAAAGGAUUAUGAAUUUGAUGCUCCAGUCAAACUGCUGGACAAGCAUCUGCAUGCAAUGGCUGAAUCGGUAGAUGAACAACUCGUUGUUAUUUCUCAGGUUCUUGUUGCUGACAUUAAUAUUGGGUAUGAGGAUAUCGUUAAUACUCAGGUUCAUGCUUUCAAUGGUAAACCUGUGAAGAAUCUUAAGAGCUUGGCAAGCAUGGUCGAGAGCUGCGAGGAAGAAUAUCUCAAGUUUGAACUAGAGUACCAACAGAUAGUUGUCCUACAGACCAAGACUGCCAAGGCUGCAACUUUAGAUAUUCUGGCAACACAUUGCAUACCUUCUGCCAUGUCUGAUGACCUCAAGAUUGACUCAAGAUUGUAGGGGGAAGGCACUGAAGAUUACCCUGCCUUAGCCUUAGCUAUCCUCAUAGUUCAUUGUUUGAUUGACCCCACGGAUCUGAUGCGAUUCUUAUUGUAACGUUUAAGUCUAAUUAAUGGGGUUGAGAUUUUUCAUUUAUAUUUAUAUUUAUAUUCACACCUUUUAUUUUAAUGAAUAGAACAAAGUAGGGAGGAUGUGAAGGUUGGUUUUCACUGUUCACAAACCUCUUAUGAUUUUCAGUUGUUAAUUUUAACCCCCAAGAUAGAAACUUUUCGAAAAUCUUCCAUGUAAUUUCAAAUUUGUAUCCUGGCAAAGUUAUAAGAACAGUGCAUAUCACCCCUUUUUGGUGGGUUUUUGAUUA